UCUGAUACUACUACUGUAGGCACUUUACACCAUGCCUGUCAAUCCUCCACAACCAGACUCUGCCUCCGACAUGUCAUUAGAUUCUUCCUCCUCUUCAGCCUCUUCUUCUUCCUUCGAAAGCGAAGAAGAACAUGAAAAUGACACUGUUCAAGUAUCGUUAUCUGGAUCGGGAGCGUGGGAUGAUAGAGAGUUGGUGAGAAUGUACGAUGCUGCCAUGGAAGAGUUCCACUUGCAUCAUCCCGGACCUGGAAGUUGGUUGGACAAAGCUACCGCCGCAUUAGCUUUAGGCAAGCCUUUACCCGGUGUGAAAGAAGAUCAUCUCGAAUGGUAUACUCCUACUUCUCAAUCUAAAGUUCAAGCAGUCGAAAAGAACUCUCUACCUUCUGCCAAAAGACAAAAAACCUCCAAACCCAAAACAAAGCCCAAUGGUCUCAUACAACCUACUACCAAUCCCUACGCCCCCGCCCCCGAAUCAAAUAUCCAACCAAUCACCUCAAAUAACAUCCCUCGUCAACGAAGAUCUUCUCCUACUUACAUGCCCCAAUCACCCCCACCAAACCCCGGCCUUCUUGUGGAAGACGAAGAAGAACGAGAUUUGUAUCAAGAACCUCAAAUACGACCAGACGUUGAAUGGGAUCACAUACCCCCACAAAUACCUACUUAUGGAGUUGAAUCCACAGAAGGUAUAUCAGUUGAAGACGCUAUGGGUUACGCUUUAGCCGCUCAGUAUUGGGCUGGAUAUUGGAUGGGAGUGGCUAAAACGAAACAGAAUAACAUUCCUGCUCCUCCAGUGAGCGGGGAAAAAGCAUCAAAUGUUUUCACCACUCGUAGACAAUUCGGUGUGAUGCCAGAACAGAAUCUCAGAAGAUGAUAUUGCCCUGUUCAAGGCAUUGGAAAGGCAAAAAUCGAUAAGAAGAAUGGAUCCGAAUGAAUGAAUAUGCAUGCAAUGAUUUGCCUAUCC